AUUUAUAUAAAAACUUCAUUACCAAUACAACCAUGUUUCCAAACAAAAUCACAUACAUUUAAAGUUGUCUAACCACACACACAUUUUAUGUACGACUCUAACAACUAUAAAACCACGUUCACUUCAGUCAACUAUGAAACCACGUUCACUUUAUGCUAGACAGACACUGCAGUUCCAAAUUGUCUGUCCGCCAAACAAAAUACAAACAAAUGACGAAAAACAACAUACUCUUCUCCUAGACUAACAAAUACAGACACUGCACUUACAAGUUGUCUGUCAGGAAAGACAACCCUUUUUUUCGAAAACACACCAAAAAAUGGAAAAAUCGAGAAAAGUAGAUCUGCUCAAGUCAUUCUAAGCUUCUUGAUCUGCACUUUCGCCGUUGUCUCCCCACGUCACCGAGCUCUCCCCUUCGUCCGAUUACUUUAGCUCUUCCAUUUGAAAAUGAAAAAAAGCAGAAGAGGAGAGAAGCAGGAGAAGAAGCUUGGAGGGAGAAAAGAUUGUAAAAAUGAAAAGACUUGAUUGGGAGAGAUCUUGAAAUGGAGAAGAAAUCAAGAUUUGGAGAAAAGAGAAAGAAAGGGGAGGGGAUGGGGGGCUGCGUGAAAAGAAAACAUGGAGGAGAGAGGGAGGGAAGGAGAAGAAAAGUGGGGGAGGGGAGAGGGUUUUGGAAAGGAGUAAAAGGGAUGGUAAAAAGGAGAGUAUUUAUAUGGGGUAAGAAAUGAGGUAACUAUGGGGUACCUAUAGCAAAUUUCAAAUUACCGUGCAUCUGUGACACUACGGAAACAAUUCCCACUACCUUUCCUCCCUAUUCCCCAAGCAUCUCAUCCAAUCCAGAGAGAGAUAAUUCCGGCGACCGGGAAAUCCGAGACACAACCCUAUACUCUGUUCUGAUCUUUCGAUUUCUCCCUGAUCUGACUCGGUUUCUACAUCACGGAAGAUCAAUCAACUCUUUUGGCUGCAGGUCUAUCCGCAUUACAACUUACUGCGAGGUUUUAGUUCGUUGAAAAAAAUCUUCUGUGCCAUUUUUAGCGCUUCUGGUGGGAAUUUCUUUCAGGACUGAGUGAUCAUUUUGAAGGAGGAUAAAAGAAGAAAGACGAGGCCUUUUGGUCUGAUGGCACCAAGCACGAUUAGGAAAGCUAUUGGGACUGUGAAGGACCAGACAAGUAUAGGGAUGGCUAAGGUGGCUAGCAACCUGGCUCCAGAGCUGGAAGUGGCUGUAGUGAAGGCGACUAGCCAUGAUGAUGAUCCGGCACGCGAAAAGUACAUUCGGGAGAUACUCCGUUUGACUUCGUAUUCCCACAGUUAUGUUAGUGCCUGUGUCUUUGCAGUUUCCAAGAGGUUAGGGAAAACUCGAGACUGGAUUGUCGCCCUCAAAUGUUUGAUGCUUAUUCACCGCCUGCUCAACGAUGGUGACACAGGAUUUCAACAGGAAAUCUUGUAUGCCAAGAGGAGAGGCACACGACUGUUGAAUUUGUCUGAUUUUAGGGAUGAGGCGCAUUCGAACUCAUGGGACCAAUCUGCUUUUGUCAGAACUUAUGCCUUAUAUUUGGAUCAAAGAUUAGAGGCAAUUCUAUUUGAAAGGAAUGGAAAUGGGGGAGAGAUUGAAAGAUAUAGGCCAUAUGAAGAUCAGCAACAGAGAUCACCCAUUGACUCAAAUAAGGUUUAUUAUGAGAUGAAGAGAUCAAGAUCAUCUGGGGAUGUUAUGGUUUCAAGUCAAGAUAUGAAGGACGUCACUCCAUUGAGAGAGAUGAAGCCUGAAAGAAUAUUUGGAAAAAUGAGUCACUUGCAGAGGUUAUUAGAUCGGUUCUUAUCAUGUCGACCAACGGGGUUGGCUAAGAACGAAAGGAUGAUUUUGGUGGCAAUGUAUGCUAUGCUGAAGGAAAGUUUCAAGCUGUAUUCAGAUAUGUGCGAGGUCUUAGCUGUGUUAUUGGAUAGAUUUUUUGACAUGGAGUAUCAAAAUUGUGUUAAGGCCUUCGAUGCUUAUGCUAAUGCAGCUAAGCAGAUCGAUGAGCUUGCUGGGUUCUAUAAUUGGAGUAAGGACAUUGGCCUAGCAAGAUCUUCAGAGUAUCCAGAAGUGCAAAGAAUUACCAGCAAGUUAUUGGAUACCUUGGAGCAGUUUUUGAGGGAUAGGGCGGCUCUUACAAAAAGCCCUGAAAAAAAGGUGGAGAGUCAGCCAGAAGUAACCAAGGAAGAGCCAACUCCUGAUAUGAAUGAUAUCAAGGCCUUACCUCCACCUGAAAACUAUACUCCUCCUCCUCCUCCACCGGAGCCUGAACCCUCUAAUGCUAUUGUUAAUCAGGAAAGCAUAGAUCUUUUGGUAGAUUUGAGAGAUGAUGGGAUAUCUGCAGAUGAUCAGGGCAACCAAUUGGCAUUGGCAUUGUUUGCCAAGCCUGAUCGACAAGAUGGUGAGCAAGAGGUGACAUCUGCUUGGCAGAACCCGGCAGCUGAGUGUGGUAAAGCAGACUGGGAGCUGGCUUUAGUGGAGUCGGCAAGUAAUCUGUCCAAUCAGAAAUCUGCAAUGGGGGGUGGGCUUGAUCCAUUACUGCUCAACGGAAUGUAUGAUCAGGGGAUAGUGAGGCAACAUGUGAGUACAGUCGGGUUGACUGGUGGAAGUGCUAGCAGUGUUGCACUGCCUGGACCAGGGAAGAGUGAAACACGAGUAUUGGCACUUCCAGCACCCGAUGGAAACGUCCAGACAGUUGGGCAGGACCCAUUUUCUGCUUCUUUGAGUGUUCCGCCACCUUCUUAUGUACAAAUAGCAGACUUGGAGAAGAAGCAGCAGUUUAUGGCGCAUGAGCAAAUGAUGUGGCAGCGGUAUGCGAGUGAUGGGAUGCACGGCCAAGCUUGUUUGGCUAGGAUCAGCACUGGUGCGUAUUAUACACCUGGCCCAGGCCAACCAUCAGUUUUGCCUUAUGGAUUGCCACUGGGAAACGGGAUGGGAAUGCCAGCUUUAGGGUACCAAUACAUCCCUUAUUGAUUUUGUUGUCCCAUGUUUUCACAGUUUUUUUAGUUUUUGGUUUUCCGCAACUGGCAUUGUCAUUGGAUACUUUUCCACUGUAUUUAGUGUAAGUAGGCCAAUAAGCGUAGAGGACAGAAGAUGAGAGAUUUGCUCCAUGCAUGAUGCAUGCUAAGUAGUGCUUCUUUCUGUUCUGUUAUAUUUUGGGUUAUGUUUAUAUUUUUGUCUUUGUGUUUUGUGAAGCUUAUUCUAUAACAUGUAUCUGAGUCCAAUGGUAUUUAAUAAAGUUUGCUUGACACAAUAUCUGGAUAAAAAACUGUAUCUUACUUCUGUACUUUGUGUAUUUUAUAAAACUUACGGAGUAUU